GACCUAGACAAAAUUAGAUCCAAAUUGGAUUUGUACUUCAAAAACAAAAGGAGGUCUGGAGGAGAGGUAUUACAAAUUCAAGACUAUCCUGGGGACAAGAAGAAGGCUCUGCUUGUUUACCUCGAAGAUGCAUGUAAUUAUUCAAAUAUUUUGAAAUCAAAAUAUUUACAUACUGUCAUUUUAGACACAUAAUCUGAUUGUGAAUAAAUUAGCCUAAUUAUACAGUUUAUCUAUUGUGCUCAGGCCUAUAUCUGAAGUAUUGUGAUAAACAGUUAAUGUAAACAAUCUAACUGUUGACAAACAUCCGAAGCACCAAGAUUGUGUUCAGUAAUGUAAUGUUUUAGGAGCCAAAACAGCAGAAUCUGGUUUUGUAAAAUGGAUGAAUUAGGCCUAGACUACAUAUACUGUACCUAAUGAUGCUAUUUGAUCUUUUCCCCAGGUCUGCAGAAAGUGUUGGCUAAAAGAGAUCAUAAGAUAGAUUUUAAAAAACCCAUUGGGGUGGUUGAGCUUCAAGUGAAACUGAAAGAGGAUGGCGGUGAAACAAAAGUGAAGAAUGUUAAACCACCUCUCUUACCUCACCCAAAAAGAGACAAUCUGACUCUUGUGGGGAAAUCUGCACCCAACACGGAAGAGAAGGUGAUUAUUUGUGUAUUUGUUAUAUUGCAUCAAGUUUGCCAUAUUACAAUAUUUUGACAUGUCUUCAUUUGUGUUUUUCGGUGCCUGUCUUUAUCUGUGAUGUAGCAGCCAGUGUCAGACAGUCAAGCAGGUAAGAUUGAUAUUCAUAAAGACACUUAUUCAUCAAUAUAUAACAUCAAUAUGGGAAUCACAUUAAUGUUCAUGCUCUCUCUCUCUCUCUUUCUCUCUCUGUGUGUGUGUGUGUAUGUAUGUGUGUCUUUCUGUUUAUUUUUCAGAUUCAGUGGAGGAUAAGGAUCUAAAAGCAGAUACAUAUUCACUGCUUGUUAGAACCACCAAGGAACUCGAAAAGGAGCUCCUUAAAUUGUAUUUUGACCAGUUUGCAUCAGAAGAAGAAGGAGUCAGCAUUACAAGACAUGGCAAGAAUAGCUGGAUCCUCAAACUGUCCUUUCAGUCUGGUAAGGUUUUUUUUUUUCCAUAGACUUAUGUCAUUUAAAACUUCUUUCCUCAAAUUAAUAUUAUAUUGUGGAUUUACUGUAUGUAGGAGUUGUUAACCACACACUUGUAUUUAUUUUACUGUAAUCACUGUACUUUUCAACUUUGUACCUGUUGGAAUAAACACUAUAAUUAGAUCUGUCAUACUUGUUUAUCAUUCAGAGGUUACUUUGCUAUGACUGUAAAAUGGAAUGUCUCAUCUCAGCUGGGAAUAGGGGUCAUGAGGAAAUGCUUCCUUCCCAGUCACAAGAACACAAUGGCUGCUAUUUGAGUCUUUGCAUUUUAGAGAAUUGACAUUGUUACAUUACAUUACAUGUCAUCUACUUAUAUCAACAGGUGAACAUCAUAUGCGUUUAUUUCUUGAGUCUGUUUGGACAAUCAUGCCCAACAAUAAAUUCUGUACCUCCUGUCAGAUGCAGAGAAAGUCCUUGCCAAGAAGGAGCAUCAGUAUGGCAUUUCUGUGGAGGUGUACAAUGAGACAGCUGUGGAAGGGAAACUGGACAACAGGCGCUUCAUCCUGACUGGGUUCAAUGAGAGCUGCAAGUGCGACAUCAUCUCUCUGUUCAUCGGCAGCUGCAGCCAAGGGGCUGAGCAUGCCUGGGAGACCCUGGACGAUGGAGACAGAAUAGUGGUCACCUUCAAACAGAACAUUGGUGAGUCCACAGAUACAUCAAAAAGAUGUAUACACAAUAUCGCUAAUAUUACGCCAUUAAAUUAAGUUCAAUUACCAAACAACGGCAUACAAUACUAAUCGAACUAUUAACAUUUUAUGUUACUCAGACAUAAAGUCCUUCCUUAGGAAAUGUUCAUCAAAGAAGUUCCAGGGCAUGGAGAUCGGGGCGUGUCGUUUAGAGCUGACAGACUCUGUGCUUGUCCAGGGGGACAUGAGCCAAAUCAAAGGAGGAGUGGAGGAGGCCCUCAAUCUCUACUUCUCCAGCAAGAGGAGCAAAGGAGGAGAUAUCAAGUCCCAGAUCUGGGUUACCAAGGGCAAGAGCAUGGUCAUCACCUUUGAAGACUGUCAUGGUAGGCCCCUUUUCAAUUACAUUAUCCUCUAGAAAUAGGAAUAAGUUUUAAGCUAACGUGUUCAGUAAAUCAUUCUGCCCUCUGUUCUCCUUAUUCCAGUUGCCUAUCAGGUGGUGGAACACAUGCAUAAUUUCGGUGGGGUGGACCUCAUAGCUCAGCUAUUCUACUCCAGUCUGCAGAAGGCUUUAACUGGGCAAACAGCCCCCCAGUCAGAUAUCCCUUCUAACAUAGCCCUUUGUCUCAGCUCAGCACUUUUCGACUUCAUUAAACGUGAUGAAGGCCGCAAGCAGGAUUUAACAACUGGACUACGUAAGGUCAAUGCUAGUGUCUCCUUCAAUAUGACCACAGAACCCCCACAGAUAGAGCUGGACAUGACCAUGGAGAAGGAGUCCUUGGGCAUGCUCAGACUGGGCCCUACAUGGGGACGAAUUGUCCGGAGAGAGGCUCUGGCCUUGCUAGAGAAAUACAAAGAGGUUCAGCUGCCCACAACGGUGGAGGUCUGGGAAAGGGCUGAGAGUAGUUGUCUUGGCCUCAAAUCCCCUGAUGCCAGCAUUUCUUACAAGAAGAGCAAUGGUGAGAUUGUGGUGGUAGGCGUGCAGAAUGAGGUGAAUACCCUUGUGGAGAAGAUUGAGCACAUGGUGAAGAAGGUCAGUGAUGAGCUUGAGAUGGAGAGGAACACAAUAGUAAGAAAGAUCUCACUGGACUCCAAAGAGAAGUUUGAGAUCAUCUGGAAUCUUGUCUCUGGCAAACUAGUGGACGUGGAGUUUUCCAAAGAUGAAGAAAGCUUUAUCAUAUGUCUAAAGGGUUUGGAGAACAAGGUGAGCACAGCAGAAGGUGUUGUCCAAGAGGCCAUGGGGAAUGUUGAAGCCAAACUGCUUGAUGUAUCAGUGCCUUUGAUGGAGUUCUUGAAAUCUCUGGACCUGAAGAAGUUUGAGAGGGAGCAUUUUGCCCAGAACCACAUAUCGUCUGUAUUUCUCCUUGGUGAUGGUUCUAUCCAGAUCCUGGCAGAAAAAGCUGACGUCCAGAGAGCUGAAGACAAAUUACAUGAGGUCAUCAAAGAAGAAGUCAUCAAACUCACACAAGACCAAGCCCAUCUGACCAAUGGCGAACAAUGGACACAGUUCUUUGCCGUACUUAAUGGCGAGCUCAAAUUCACCAAGAACAACCACAAUGUCAGCAUCUCCGUAACACAGGAGAAGAUUGUAGUCUGUGGAUUCUCCAGUGUGGUGGCAGAUGUGUCAGGGAAGUUGAGGGGAUACCUGGACAACAAGAAGCCAGAAACGGUGGACAUCUCUCUCAAAUCAGUCCAGGAAGUAGAGUUUGUGGCCUCUUGCAUGAACCUCUCAGAGGUCCCUGAAAUCAAGGCUCUGGGCGUGACUAUACUGCCAUGCAUAACACAAGGAUCUCCUUGUCUGAAGAUCACGGCAGCGGGUGAUAAAAUCAAAGAGGCCGUAGAUGCAGUGAAACAGCAGGUCAGUACAAUUACAAUGGAGAGGUACACAUACUCCAAAGCCGGAGAGUCCGAAGUCCUAGAGAAGAACCAAGUGGAUCUGCAGGCUAAGGUCAAGGAUUUAGGGUGCAAGCUCUACCUAUCGCCAGUGAUUAACCACUGUCAGAAAUACAGCUACAACAUAGAAGGUUGCGUCACUUUAACUGUUGGUCAGGGUAACAUCUCCCAACAUGCUGCAGAUGCUUUGAUCUGCCCUAUGAGCAGCAGUCUGUCCUUUGAUACUCCAAUUGCCAAGCAGUUCCUUCAGAUUGGUGGGCCUGAGAUCAGGAAGGUGUUUGACAAGUUCCUGAAGGAGAGGCAGACUCUACAGCCAGGAGAUGUGGUCUUGUCCAACCCAGGCACCCUUGGAGCUCAGCACCUCAUCUAUGCAGUGAUUCCAGUAUGGGGGAAGGACACCUCAACUCUUAAAAAUAUACAUCUACAAUCAACGGUCCAGGACAGUUUACUGAAUGCAGACAUCAAGAAGUGCAUCUCCAUAUGGAUGCCAGCGAUGGGGUGUGGCACCUUUGGUUUUCCCGUCACAGAGAGUUGUGCAGCAGUUAUCAAGGGAGUCCUCGGAUUCAUUAAACAGAAACCCCAACACCUGAGGAACAUAUUUGUGAUAGAUUCCGACGCCAAGAUAGUGGGGGAGUUCCAGUCAGCCAUUGAAGGAGAGGUAAGUCCUUUUCUCAACAUCCCAUUCCAUGUUUAGUGUUUGUUUAUAAUGCCACCUGGCUAUACCUGUGAUUAACAUACCAUGCCAAACCUUGGUACAUGCAUGGGUUUGAUUAAAGAAGAAAUGUGCAGUGUUAUUGUAAAUGGGGACAAGUAUUCCUGUUGAAAGUCAAACCUCUUCUUGUCCUACUUGAUUGAACAGGGUUAUCGUCGACAACAAACAACCAACAAAACAGCAACAGGCACGACUCCAACUGCUCCCUCUGCAGCUACUGCCUCAAAUAACACACCUUCACCACCACCCCUAGUGGCUAAACCAGGCUCAGACAUCAAAGGUUCGUUUCUUCAACCAUACAUUUUUGUAUCAUCAUACCAUAAGGUUGAAUACUGCAGGAAACCUAUAACAUGCCCUGUCCUCACAAAUUGAUUUCCAAGUUUUUAGUAUAUGUUUUUUCAAGACGAGUGAUGAGAAGAGAAUCAUCCAGCCCAUUGGGUAUCUCACUACACCCCCAUAUGCCAUGUCUUGAAAUAUGCAGACAGACGGAUUAACUGACAGCCAACUUUCUAGAUCCGCCCAUAACUUUUGUACUUUAUAGCAUUUCCAGAAGGCAUGGAUUAUUGAGUCAUUGUUAGUUUUACACUUAAGACAUGACUCUGCCGUUGUGCUGUAGAAUUUGUGAAUUUUGUCUCUUGUAUAAUAACUUCUAUACAUUCGUUUAUACUGGAUUAAUACACUUUAGUUAACUGUAAUUUCAUUAGUUAUGCUCUAACAUUCCCUCCAUCUUGUGCCAACAUCAGUUCUUUUUAAGUCUUGGUUCCAAUAGUUUAUUUAUUUUUUCUGAGAUUGUCAGUUGGAUAGACUCUCUGCAAGGUUUUGAAAUAUAUUUCCUAUCACAUGAACAUCCUUUUCUGACUCAAGGUUGCUCUGAUGUCCAAAAGAUUUCAAAUCAACAUUUCGUGAUAUGUAACUUUUAAGUUGCAUGUAUUUGAAAAUAUCUACAUCAGUCAGUCCAAAAUUGCUUUUUAAUUCUGUCAUGGAAAUAAAUGUAUUUCGUGUUACCAAGUCAUUUACGGUUUCUGUGCCUUUAGUUUUCCAUGUGGACCAAUUUAUCGGUGAAUUCUGAAAAGCUAUCCAAGGAUUGUUCUAUAGGGUUGUGUUUUUAGGGAGUGAUAUUGGUUCUUGUAGAAUACGUUUAAUCUUCUUCCAUAGUGUUAUAGUGUUCUUAACUAUGAAGUUGUUCAUGUUAUUAGGUUUAUCCUUUGAAAAUAGACACAUGAAAAUAUUCUGGGGAUGCGCAUGCGCAUCUUCAAUAUGUACCCAUUGUUCCUCUUUAGUGCAUCAAACUUGGUCCUGGGGACCCCAAGUGGUGCACGUUUUGGUUUUUGCCCUAGCACUACAUAGCUGAUUCAAAUAAUCAAAGCUUUAUUAUUUGAAUCAGCUGUGUAGUGCUAAGGCAAAAACCAAAAUGUGCACCACUUGGGGUCCCCAGGACUGAGUUUGGGAAAUGCUGACAUAGACUGACCAGGUGAAUCCAGGUGAAAGCUAUGAUCCCUUAUUGAUGUCACUUGUUAAAUCCACUUCAAUCAGUGUAGAUGAAGGGGAGGAGACAGGUUAAUAGAUGAAGGGGAGGAGACAGGUUAAAGAUUUUUAAGCCUUGAGACAAUUGAGACAUGGAUUGUGUAUGUGUGCCAUUCAGAGGGUGAAUGGGCAAGACAAAAGAUUGAAGUGCCUUUGAACAAGGUAUGGUAGUAGGUGCCAGGCAGGCACACCGGUUUGUGUCAAGAACUGCAACACCUCUGGGUUUUUCAUGCUCCACAGUUUCCCAUGUGUAUCAAGAAUGGUCCACCACCCAAGGGACAUCCAGCCUACUUGACACAACUGUGGGAAGCAUUGGAGUCAACAUGGGCCAGCAUCCUUGUGGAAUGCUUUCGACACCUUGUAGAGUCCAUGCCCCGACGAAUUGAGGCUGUUCUGAGGGCAAAAGGGGGGGGGGGGGGGGGUGCAACUCAAUUCAGCAUCACUGAGACUAUAUACUCAGUGUAUAUGUCGCAAGGAAAAACAUUGGGUAGCGAGUUGAUACAAUUCAUAGUCUAGAAGGUUAAAACCACCCUCAGGCUUAGGAAGAUGUAAAACGUUCCUUUUUAUUCUAUGAGUUUUAUUUGCCCAUAUAAAGUCUGUUAUGACCGAGUAUACUUUUUCAAAAAAUGUCUUCGGUGGGGUAAUUGUUCCAUUUAAUUAGAUCUGCUUUCUUAAAUUUUCUUCUAUUAACAGUGAUUAUUGGUGGAGUGUCAGUGACGCUGAAAAAGGGAGACAUCACCAAAGAGACAGUGGAUGUCAUAGUGAAUUCCAACAACCAUCAUCUGAAUCUUAAUUCUGGCAAGUGUCUGUUUUAAUGUUUUUAACACAUGGUUUGUUUUCAGUUUGUUUUCAUUUGACGGUGUACGGUAAGUCUCUAUCUUAUAUAUUAUCUCAACAGGUGUGUCUGGAGCCAUCCUAAAGGAAGCUGGGAAAUCAGUAGUGGAUGAAUGCAGAAGAAUGGUACAAUAUCUUGGUAAGGUAUACUUUUUUAUUCAACCUUAAUUUAUCCAGGAAGUCCCAUUUACAAGAGGACUUUGUCAAGCGAUAAUACUUGAUAUGAUAAGAUUAGGUUAUAAAAUCAAACAUCAAAGUAUUUCUAGAAAUAAUACAGUAUUCAGCUUGCUACCAGACCAGUAGUGGUAGUAGACAGAAUACUGACUUUUUGUCCCAAUUUCCCCAGGUGCCCUGAAGGACGAUGGUGUUAUGCUCUCACGUGGUGGGAACCUGAACUGUAAGAACAUAGCUCAGAUAGUUGGGCCCAAGAAUGCUGCAGAUAUCACUACCUCCAUAGAGAAAGUCCUUAAUCUGUGUGAGAAAAGGAAGGCAGUCACAGUGUCCAUUCCUACUAUUGGCACAGGUGAUUCAACUGGAAUAUAUUGUAAAACUAAAUGUUCCAUUCCAGUGUCACUUGUAUUGAUUAAUUGAUCCAUUUAUUUGUUUCAAUUGAUCUAUUUCUCACUUUGGAUGCUGAUGUCUUGUGCUUCAGGGAAAGGUGGCAUUGAGCCCAAAGAUUCCAUCAAGGCCAUACUAAAAGGACUGGAGAGACACAUAUCACAGAUGCCUUCAUCCAGCAUCAAAACCAUCUUCAUAGUGGCCUUUGAGCAGAAGAUCUUUGACCUCUUGAGAGAUUACUUUAACAAAAGGAACCUGGGCCCACACAAAAUCAAGCAGGUAGAUUUCAUUCAACUAAGGCUCAAUUAAACAUUUUCUGUUUUGUUGAUGAGUGUGAUAACUAGAGGUUAUGGGUUUUAUCUAGGCUGCAUCAACAUCUACACCUUCUCAGUCCAGUCUUCCCCCAAAUCAAGGUCUGACUUUGAUACAUCUUUGUUUACAUUUGAAAUGAAUUCAUGUUGUCCUAUUUUAAAAUGUGCAUUUGUAUAAUUAUCACAAUGUGUGUGGGUGAAAUGUUUACCUUUUCCCUCCCCUAGUUAAGAUCCAUGGUGUCAGAAUUGAAGUGAGGAGAGGCGACAUCACUCAAGAAACUGUCAGAGGCAUCGUGAAUACCACCAACUCGGGUAUCAGCUUAACAAGAGGUCUGUAUACUGAAAAAACGACAUAACAUUUUACAUUGUUAGCGCACUCCAGAAAAUAUGAUUUCUUCUGUUAAUAUAACUUUCUUCCUACCUACUGGAUACAACCUAAUUUUAAACAUGUUAUUUUCAGGAGUUAGUGCUGCGAUUCUCAAAGCAGCUGGGAGCGCAGUUGAACAGGAGUGCAAAACCAUUUGUGAGUGUCUCCCAUCUCCCAUAUCAGAAGAAAUGGAACCUGUGGUGUAUCACAGCCAUUCAGUCUGACUCUCUCUCUCUCUGGGUGUAUGUGUGUCAUCUGCUUUACAUCUCCAGGCCCUCUGAGGGCUGAUGCAGCAGGGGUGACCAGUGGAGGGGACCUGCAGUGUGACUUCAUCCUUCACAUGCUGGGGCCCCACUCUGUGGCUGACGCUACACUACGAGUCACCAAGGUGCUGGAGUGCUGUGAGAACAAACAGAUCGCAACCGUGUCGUUCCCUGCUGUGGGCACUGGUAGGCAAUGGGUUAUUAGUCGUUCAGUGUUAUUACAGGUUAUUAUAAACGGUUGUUAUUAAAACUCGGAUCAAAUCAUUUUUGUAGGCUCCCAACAUGCUGGCAUUUUAAUUUGUCAAGUUAUCCACAGCUAUUGUCCGAUUUUUCAGCUACACCUAAUGCAGUGAUUCUUUUAUCGUUCCCAUUGUAGGAGGUGGGGGCCUUAAUGGUACAGACUCCAUUGGUGCCAUCCUCCAGGGCAUCCAGGAUCAUCUAUCACAGUGCCUCUUUUCUACCAUCAUCAAACUGAUCUACAUCGUCAUCUAUGAGGACAAGGUCCUGCAGGAGUGUCAGCUGGGGCUCAACCAGUGGAAGACUAGCCAGAUGGUAUGUUAAAGCUAGAAUCCUUUAUUGAAACAAUAACAAAGCAUUUUCCCCACACCUGUUUCGCUAAAAAGCUAAGGGAUGGGGCUGGAGAACCGCUCUCAGAUCUAUAGACAGAGCUAUGGAUGCAAGGACUGACCAUCCAUGAUUAAUGUUUGAGGCUAAACAGUGUUUGUUUAUGUUACGUUGUUUAUAAACAUUGGAGUAAAACAAGCUUAUAUUUUGGGUUCUGAUGGGGUACAACAUUUGAACUAAGUUCAUGAGGCAUUUAUAAGUUAUAUUCUUCAAGAAUCAAUGGGUAUAUAUCAUUCAUUUAUAAGUUUUAAAAAAUGUAUGUAGCUAAGGAUUCUAGCUUUAAAGAAAUAUGAAUAUAAAAAAGUAACUAACUUUGUAAUAAUAAUGUCAUAACUGCCAUUGUUAAUAUAACUAAUCUUCAGACAUACUGUGGAUGUAUAGUAUACUUACACUGAGUGUACAAAAAUUAGGAAUACCUGCUCUUUCCAUGACAUAGACUGACCAGGUGAUUCCAGGUAAAGCUAUGAUCCUCUGUAGCUCAGCUGGUAGAGCACGGCGCUUGUAACGCCAAGGUAGUGGGUUCGAUCCCCGGGACCACCCAUACACAAAAAUGUAUGCACGCACGACUGUAAGUCGCUUUGGAUAAAAGCGUCUGCUAAAUGGCAUAUUAUUAUUUAAUGUCACAUGUUAAAUCCACUUCAAUCAGCGUAUGUGUGCCAUUCAGAGGGUGACUGGGCAAGACAAAAGAUUUAAGUGCCUUUUAACGGGGUAUGGUAGUAGGUGCCAGGCGCACCAGUUUGAGUGUGUCAAGAACUGCAACGCUGCUGAGUUUUUCAUGCUCAACAGUUUCCUGUGUGUAUCAAGAAUGGUCCACCACCCAAAGGACAUCCAGCCAACUUGAAACAACUGUGGGAAGCAUUGCAGUCAACAUGGGCUAGCAUCCCUGUGGAACCUGUUGUGUCGAGUAAACGUUGCUAAUUAUGCUGUGAUACCAAGGAGAACCGCUGACGCUGUAUUUUCAUCAUAAAGGUUUAUUCAUAACAAAGGGUUACAGCGUCGAUUUACAGAUACCUGCAGUUAUCUGGAGAAUAAUCGCCCCAUCUCAAAUAUGAUUAUUCUGCUCUCCUUUGUCUCAACCAAGUAUUUAUAAUCUUUACCCUGCUGUGGGUGGUUUCCCAUACAGACCAAUCACCUGUCUCCACACAACAGGCUUCCUCUGUUCUAUGGGGUGUCCCCCUAAAACUGCUCCCCAGAUGCUCCCUCUAAGCUGAAUAAACCUCCUCUCAGGUUCCAUUUGAAAACGUUAGCAAAGUCAUAAUUCCUCAGAUACUACAUAUUCCCCCCUUCGAGACAAAUUAAGUCUCGAAAACAAAAAUAAUAGGAUUAUGACAAAUAACAAUCUCUCUUAUUGAGUAUUUUUAACAAUAAACCAAAAACACAUUUUUCUAUGAAGUGUAAAUACAUUUCUAUGAAAUUUGAACAAAUCUUUAUGGAGUGUGAAUACAUUUCUAUGAAAUAUGAACAAAUCUUUAUGGAGUGUGAGAGCGAAAAACCUGUCUGGCAGCCUUCUUUCCAAAUAUCCAUCCAUCAAUCAAGACAGUAAAAUUCUCUCACGGCCCCUCUGCCCCAGGCAACCACUUAAGUACUCCAGAUCAAUUCAUAAAUCUUUAUCAAUGCAUUUGAAACUAUGAUGCAAUUAAAUACACAUGAAAGCCUCAGCAAACAAAAUACAAUCCAAAAUGUCCACACUCAGGCUGGUCGACCCAUCGGACCCUCCUGUGGAUUCUCUCUAUCCCUGCCUAGACCCAAUAUCCCUAAGCUUCCACGAAAUAAACAAAAACAUCUGAGAUCCCCACAUGUACCCAAUAACAGCAAAUAUCAUUCUACAAAAAUUUAUACAGAAAGAAAAUGACACAAUUUAUGUAUUACACAUGCAAAUAUGUCUAUAUAUCAUUGCAGACACUGGAAUGUAGUCCACUACACUUCAUCUCCUCAGCAGUGUCGACUUCCAAUGCAUCGUCGAUGAUGGAAUCAGAACAUUUCCACACCUUCCUUGUUCCACUUCCUCCAGUCCCUUCAUAUUGUCCUUUCAUAUUGUCCCUUCAUAUUGUCCUUGUUUGAGCAUUUGAAUCCCCUCUACAUAUUCCCCCAUAUGCUUCUGGAAGAAAAUAAAAGACCAAACAAUAUCUUUUGCAAAACAACACAUUCAAAUUAGAACAUCAAUAUCAACUAAAAAUAUAAAAAUGAUAUAUCAAAUGAAUCACAUUCUAUUUCCCCCCUUUGAUUCAUAACAAAAUAACAAAAUACUAAAAUCACACUAAUAUUGAAAAACCUCUAAAAAUGAUCGGAUAAUCAAAACUGAUAUAUAUCUAUCAAUACUCCUUUGAGUCUUGACAGAAGGUUAAACCCUCUUAUCGUUUCAUUUGCAAAACCCUUCAAAUUAUAGGUAAUAUUAUCUAUGUUAUCUUCCCAAAUUUUACACCAUACCAUGGAAAAAUCCCCACUUCUCUCUUAGACUUAUCCUCCAAUGGUAGGCUUCCCAGACUAUGAAACUUCUCUCUUUCAGAAUCAGAUUUCUCUCUUUCCCCUUGCUUCCCCUCUUUUAAUUUAUUUUAAAAACCUCAUAUGGAAGCUUCAACUUCAACAUGUAACAACAUCCUAUCCAUCCAUAGGGUAAGAAUAUAUUCUCUCACCAAACCCCAGAUGUUUCUAAAAUCCCCCAAUAGUCACAUUACCAUGCAAAACUUCUCUCCUUACUAAAUGAAACCUCAAAAGUUACAUUAUAUUUCUCAUUACUAACCUUAUGUUCCUGCUUACCCCAAAGUCAUCAUAUAAUCAUCACAAUCUGAUAUUCCCCUAAACAUCCCUUUCCAUCAUAUGUUUUAUUAGAACAAAAACAGCCCUCACUGGUUUCCUCUCCAAUGCUUCAUGAAGCGCUGUUAACUGAUUUAUCUUCCUAUCUAACAAAUUCACAUAGGUUAAUUCACUUAACCAAUAACACUUAAACCUAGGCCUAAACAAAUGUUUCCACAACUACAUUAUUGUAUCUGUUAAUGAUUGUUGCUGAUACAACAGCCAUGAUAAAGGGCAGCAGGUAGCUUAGUGGUUAAGAGCGUUGUGCCAGUAACCGAAAGGUCGCUGGUUCUAAUCCCCGAGCUGACUAGGUGAAAAAUCUGUCGAUGUGCCCUUGAGCAAGGCACUUAACCCUAAUUGCUCCUGUAAGUCGCUCUGGAUAAGAGCGUCUGCUAAAUGACUAAAAUGUAAAUGUAAUAAAGCAUAAGAUUGACACAUACUUGAUAGAAGUUUAGCUACCUUCUAAGAUUCAACCCCAUUUUCCUUAUGCUGAAAUUCUCAACAGACAUUUACCCUCAAGAUUCCUCACUGAUCUUACAGAAUGAGUUAACUCAUUGAACCAAAGAUUCCUACCUGCCCAUCCAUCUUUAAUUUUCAAACAGAAGAAUCAAAUCCAUAUGCCUUCCAUUUAGUUUCUCUCUUCCCUAACGAACUGUAUUGAUCAGAUAUAUCUUCUUGUCUUCCAGUAAAAUCAAAGAACUCAUCCUGUACCUCCAUGAUAGUAUUCUCCCUCUAACAUUACUCAAAAUAAGUUAGCAAUCACUCAUAACCCUCUUUCACUUCCUAUCGUUCUACAAAAUAUACUUCCUUUGACUAGGUGAAACAGCUUCUACUUCUGGUCUUCAUAACAACACUUCUUCUCCAUAAUUAUCUCUCCAUAUGAGAGGAAUAUCACCUCUACACAUUCCUUCUCUCACAUCUACAAGGAAGAUGAGCUGUAUCAACCAUCCUAACCCUAAUGACAGUCUUUUCCUCUAAAAUUGGUGCUGGAGCGAUUGGCUCCCUUGUAAUCAAAUGUGAUAUAUUUAUAGCUUUAAUAACUGUCAAUGUUGAAAGAGUUAAAUUGCUUCUCACUGUUGUUAUAAUAGGCUGAAGUGUUGAUGUCAUUGUUGUUAAUUCACCCAUUCUCCCUAAGGCUUUGAACUCUUGACUUGUAUUUCCAUCUAUCACCACUAGUGUCACUACAUUAACUCUCAGUCCCAACUCUAAUCCCUCACUUUCAAACUGUUGAUUAUAAAAAAUACAUUCAUAAUCACCUUGAUCUUCCUGCUGGAAAUUGUAAAUAUAGAUACUGCAAUCACCCUCAAUCUUCUCUUAUCAUUCAGCAACGCAUACUUUCUCAAUGCAUCUGCUCCUAACAGAUCUAAACUCCUACCAUAUCUACAGUGGGGAAAAAAUGUAUUUAGUCAGCCACCAAUUGUGCAAGUUCUCCCACUUAAAAAGAUGAGAGAUGCCUGUAAUUUUCAUCAUAGGUACACGUCAACUAUGACAGACAAAUUGAGAAAAUAAAAUCCAGAAAAUCACAUUGUAGGAUUUUUAAUGAAUUUAUUUGCAAAUUAUGGUGGAAAAUAAGUAUUUGGUCACCUACAACAAGCAAGAUUUCUGGCUCUCACAGACCUGUAACUUCUUCUUUAAGAGGCUCCUCUGUCCUCCCCUCGUUACCUGUAUUAAUGGCACCUGUUUGAACUUGUUAUCAGGAUAAAAGACACCUGUCCACAACCUCAAACAGUCACACUCCAAACUCCACUAUGGCCAAGACCAAAGAGCUGUCAAAGGACACCAGAAACAAAAUUGUAGACCUGCACCAGGCUGGGAAGACUGAAUCUGCAAUAGGUAAGCAGCUUGGUUUGAAGAAAUCAACUGUGGGAGCAAUUAUUAGGAAAUGGAAGACAUACAACACCACUGAUAAUCUCCCUCGAUCUGGGGCUCCACGCAAGAUCUCACCCCGUGGGGUCAAAAUGAUCACAAGAACGGUGAGCAAAAAUCCCAGAACCACACGGGGGGACCUAGUGAAUGACCUGCAGAGAGCUGGGACCAAAGUAACAAAGCCUACCAUCAGUAACACACUACGCCGCCAGGGACUCAAAUCCUGCUGUGUCCCCCUGCUUAAGCCAGUACAUGUCCAGGCCCGUCUGAAGUUUGCUAGAGUGCAUUUGGAUGAUCCAGAAGAGGAUUGGGAGAAUGUCAUAUGGUCAGAUGAAACCAAAAUAUAACUUUUUGGUAAAAACUCAACUCGUCGUGUUUGGAGGACAAAGAAUGCUGAGUUGCAUCCAAAGAACACCAUACCUACUGUGAAGCAUGGGGGUGGAAACAUCAUGCUUUGGGGCUGUUUUUCUGCAAAGGGACCAGGACGACUGAUCCGUGUAAAGGAAAGAAUGAAUGGGGCCAUGUAUCGUGAGAUUUUGAGUGAAAACCUCCUUCCAUCAGCAAGGGCAUUGAAGAUGAAACGUGGCUGGGUCUUUCAGCAUGACAAUGAUCCCAAACACACCACCCGGGCAACGAAGGAGUGGCUUCGUAAGAAGCAUUUCAAGGUCCUGGAGUGGCCUAGCCAGUCUCCAGAUCUCAACCCCAUAGAAAAUCUUUGGAGGGAGUUGAAAAUCCGUGUUGCCCAGCGACAGCCCCAAAACAUCACUGCUCUAGAGGAGAUCUGCAUGGAGGAAUGGGCCAAAAUACCAGCAACAGUGUGUGAAAACCUUGUGAAGACUUACAGAAAACGUUUGACCUGUGUCAUUGCCAACAAAGGGUAUAUAACAAAGUAUUGAGAAACUUUUGUUAUUGACCAAAUACUUAUUUUCCACCAUAAUAUGCAAAUAAAUUCAUUAAAAAUCCUACAAUGUGAUUUUCUGGAAUUUCUUUUCUCAUUUUGUCUGUCAUAGUUGACGUGUACCUAUGAUGAAAAUUACAGGCCUCUCUCAUCUUUUUAAGUGGGAGAACUUGCACAAUUGGUGGCUGACUAAAUAGUUUUUUUCCCCACUGUAUCUUCCCACUGAACUCUAAAUUUUCCUUCACCACUGUUCUCUCUCUCUUACUACUAACAUUGAAGCUUAGCUGACUGUCCUAGAGUUCCUUCAACCCUAGUUUUCUUAACUUUUUUAAUCUGACUUUUCUCCUAACUUUUUUCAAAACCCAUUUCACUGAUUUAUCCACAAAUUCCUUUCCCACUAAUUUUUCAAAAACCAUUUCACUGAUUUAUCCACAAAUUCCUUUCCCACUAAUUUUAGAAUAUGUGAUUGGGAAGUCCCCACCUGCUUAUGACUUCUUUACACACAGACUUGGCAAACGACUGAGCAUAUUUUAGCUUAGUUUGACAUUGUCCUCCUUCCUAUGAUAUAUAUCUUUUCAAGCAAAUAUGGUUCCCAAAAACCCUACUCUUUUAUAAUCUUUCUCCUAACCUUAGCCUUCUUUAAAGAAUCUUCACUGAGAUUUCCAAUCCAGAAUACUAAAGACAAAUCCAUCUCUGUCAUCAUCAACCAUUGGUAAACCUUCUCCUUUGGCACUUCUACCAGACAGCCGUCUGGUGUACAUCUUAUUGUACAUUUCAACUUACACAAUGCUUCUCUUCCCAACAAUGCAAUAGGUAUAUGUUCUGAUACCAGUAUGGGUAUUUUAAUUUUCUUUGAUUUUUAUAGCAGAGCUCAAUUGGUUCCUUAAGAGUAAUCAACUGUUUUACUCCCUCAAAUCCCUAUCCUAAUUAGUCAAUUUUACAUAGUGAGAUGUGUAACCUCUUCAGGCUGUCAGGGUUGAGUGUAGAGGUAGCGUAGAAUCACACGCAGGACACACAGAGGUUUCGAACAGACGUCUUUAGUGAAGUCCAAAGAACAAGUCAACCACGGCAACAGGCAACAGGCGAACUUUACGCACAAAGGUAAAGUACAAAAUAAAGGCGCACAAAGUGCGGGACUCUCUCUAACAAAAAUAUAUAGAGAGAACAGAACAACGAACUAACACAACACGUGACAUCGAACAAUUACACACAACACCUGACCAAACUCAAGAGAACUAAAUAGGACGCAUAAUGAACACUAACAAGGAACAGGUGUAACAAAACAGACAAAACCAAUCAAACAUAGAAACAUAGAACGGUGGCAGCUAGUACUCCGGAGACGACGACCGCCGAAACAUGCCCGAACAAGGAGAAGGAGCAGCCUCGGCCGAAACCGUGACACAGGCUGAACACAGAUAAAAGCUGUUCCACUAUCCGCUAUCACUUCCCAUAGUCCUUUGUUUAUUUUCACUUCAAUUGUUGGAUCUUUUUCCGGUCCUGAUGCUACCAGCUGACACCCCCCUUUCGGAUCUUCUAGGCACCCCUAGAAUCCUUGCUCCUUGUCCCUAUAAGGGUUCACCUGUCCUCCAGAUGAUCUUCACUUGCUCCUGUAUCUUCCUCUGAAAUUCCCUCUGAUGUUUCCUUCUGGCCCAUUGCACUCACAGCAAAGUGACCAACCUGUCCACAACUAUAACACACUUCUUAAGAUUGCUGGAAGUAUGGCUUAAAUCUUCCUCUUCCUCUUUCUAAGCCUUCUCGUCCUCUUCCUCUCCAAUUCUUUCACAGUCCAGAAACUAUCUAUGGAUAUGAAACAACUUGUACCACUAGGUGUGGCUGGUACAAUUGCAUUUGACCUUGUUCAGUUGAAGCUGUGUCAGUGAUUGUUGAUUUGGCGCACACUGAUUCUUCAUAACCAAAGCUUUUCUUCUCCUUCUUCUUCUCCCCGAGUUGUAUUUGAUUGAGUUUUCUGAGAGUUUCUUGGUCCUGUUCUUUCUAGUUGUUUACAUAUCGGUAUUCUUCAAAGGCUUAUAUUCUAGGCUCUGUCCUCGAAAUAUCAUCUUCCAUCAUCUUCUUACUUGUGCUCUCUUUCCUUUCCUCAAUGUAUGCUUCUCCAAUUCUUGGGAUCCUUUUCUCAGCAGUUUUUUCCUCUUCUCUUCUGUAUCUUCAGCUUCUUGAGUUGUUGUUCCAGUUCUCGUUGUCUCUUCUAAAUUAUUCCCCUUAUCCAGGCAUAAUACGCAUCAGUCUAUAUCUCUUUCUAUUUCUUCUUUGCUAAUCAUUGUAGGAUAAAAUCCUCUUGAACAUAAAGCACCUUUAAUCUCCAAAUCUUCAUCGCUGUAUCCAUCUUUACUUUCAUCAGAACUCGAAUCUCUUGUAUUCUUCUUCUUCAAACAUCCAUCACCCCUUCUUUCCGCUCUGGCCAACCUCCAUCUGAUCACAGGGUCAUAUCCACCCAUGAUCUCUUCUCAAUCACUCUGAUCAUCAUCAUCUUCAUCAUCAUCAUCAUCAUCAUCAUCUUCAAGUUCCAUCUUCCUGAACCUCAUUCCACCCUUAGUUUCCAGACAUCUCAUUUUCUUCCUACUUUUGGAGUUUUGGAUUCAUCUUUAUGGUCGUUUCUGCUUUUCCUCUCUCUAUUAUUCAAUCACUUGACUCCACUGGCCAUGGUUGUUCAAUACUUCCUCUGUUCUAUGGGGUGUCCCCCUAAAACUGCUCCCCAGAUGCUCCCUCUAAGCUGAAUAAACCUCCUCUCAGGUUCCAUUUGAAAACGUUAGCAAAGUCAUAAUUCCUCAGAUACUACAAACCCUUUCGACAUCUUGAAGAGUCGUCCAUGCCCCGACGAAUUGAGGCUGUUCUGAGGGCAAAGGGGGGGGGGGGGGUGCAACUCAGUGUACAUUACUGUGUAUAGUUGUUGUUUUUAAACCCAUUCUUUGGAUUGUCAUCCAGGAUGAAGAUGAUCUUUAUGGUGAUGAUGAUGACAGUGACUCUGAGGAUGAUUUUUAUGAUGAUACCACCAGCUCUGGGGAAGACGAUGGCAGCAGUGGUCAGACAGGUUCGUACAAUUCCAAUUUAUUACAGCAUGUGACAUUCUGCUACAGUUGAUGUCUGCUACUUAUCCUUCCUCUGUAACCUUUACCCUUUAUCCAGGAAACACCAUUGAAGCAAUGAUUGGGCCAGUGAUGGUCAAGGUGGUAUGUGGUGACAUCACUAAGGAGAUAACAGACGCCAUCGUCAGCAGUACAAACUCAAGCCUCGAUCUGAACUCAGGCAAGAUCCCUAUUCCAAAUUUCGAAUCAGCAAAACAAAUCUGAUAUUCUUGCAUCAUAAAGGUCUUCAGGUGAAGAUUAUUUCACUCAUGUUGUUCCUCACUGUGUAGGUGUAUCAGGAGCCAUUCUAAAAGCAGCUGGACAGUCGGUUGUGGACGAGUGCAAAGCUUUAGGUAUGAGACUUCCAUUUCUUCCAUAAAUACAAACAAAGUAAAUGAGAAUUGAAAUGUGGGUAACUGAAAAAGUGGUGUUUGUGUUAGAAGUUAGACAUGCUAAUGCAUUUGUGUUCUGACCCCAGGGACCCAACCCAAUGAUGGUGUUGUCAUGACCAAACCUGGAAACAUCCAGACCAAGCACAUCAUUCACAUGGUGGGGCAGACCAAGGAGAAGGAGAUCACCAGCUCCAUUCUCAAGGUGCUGAAGAUGUGUGAAGACAAGAAACUCCAGUCGGUCUCCAUCCCAGCACUUGGAACAGGUAGGCGUAAUAACAUUGUAGUAUUAUUGUUAAAAACCUAAAAGUGGAAUUUAUUAUUUGCUAUGCAUGUACUGUAAUGAUAAACACUGGACACCAAAAACACAAAUGUUUAUGCUGCUGUACAGGUGCUGGUAACUUGGGAGCAAUGGCGGUCGGGAAUGCAAUGUUGGACGCAAUAACUGAGCUACAGAAAACCAUCAGAACCCCAUCAGUUAAAACGAUUCACAUUGUUAUAUUCCAAACCAAGAUGAUGAAGGACUUUGAUGAGGUUAUGAAAAAGUUCAAAAAGGUGACGCCCAAGCCUGCUGGUUAGUAGUAACCUAAUCGUCUUCAUAAAUAUAACUAUAUAAGCCUUUAAAAUCGUUUUUUUACAAAUGUUUAAGCCUUUACAAGUGUUUAAUCUUUUCCACAAGCAUGUUUCUCAUAUAUUAUGUAUGUAUUUAUUUACUUCUACAAAAACAGCCAAAAAAAACACACCAGCCCAGCCUGCUCCUACCAAACCAGCCCUGUGUUUGGCCAGCGCCACAGCAGCCGUGGUCUUCCCCAGUAUGGAGACUGAGGUGUACGGGCCCUCCCCUGCCAGCCUGGCUCAGGUGAAGAAACUUCUGGACAAGCUGGUCUCUGAGGAGUGCAUCAGCCAGGACCUGCCCUCCAGCCACCUGCCCCUUCUGCUGGAGCCGCAGAAACAGGCCAUCGUGGCCCUGAGCCAGAAGAACCAGGUCCGUGUCCUGGUAGCAUCCCCAAACAAAGUCACUGUCUCUGGGAAGAAAGACAACGUUUUUUCGGUCGUCCUCCAGAUUAGGGACUAUCUGCUGGGGGCGAGGGACAGGGAGAGCCGGGAGGGAGAGGAGAAGAGGAUGUGGGAGACGGUGCGCUGGGAGGCCGGGGAGGGAGAGGCCUGGGGAGAGCUGGACCAGAGUCUCAGCUAUGAUCUCGAGCUGGCCGUACACAGGAAAGACAAAAGUUUUAAAUAUAACCACCAGGGGGAGACAUUCACUGUUGAUCUGAGCAGAAUGCAGCAGACUGACAGCAAAGGGACAAUCACCAGAGUCAAAAGGAGCCUUGUGGCAGACUCGGACACAGGUAAUACCUCGGUUAUAUGUUUAGGAAAAAUCUUUAUAGUCAAGCAUCGUUUAUAGUUCAUACAAAUUUAUAGUUUAUCAAACGUGUAUAAUACAGAACAUCAAGAGAAUAUUAAUCCUAUGAAUUGAAAUAUGUGUCAUCUGCUUUACAUCUCCAGGCCCUCUGACAUAUAUUUGAUAAUAACUCAUUGAUCCUGUGUUUUUACAUUGAUGAUCUGUUCAAUUGUUUCCUCUAUGCUUCUGUUUUUCAGCUGUCAUUCAGUUCCCACGUAGCUGGACCAGAAUGGACGGCAAGGACCUGGAGAUAGUCACACUGGCUCCCAACUCAGGGGAGUACCAGAGCAUAGAGAAGGAAUUUGUUGCAACCUCCAAGAAACCAAAUACUAAUACACAAUCAACCAUUCAGAUUGUCCAGGUAAAUGAACUAUUACUGAUAUGAUAUACACUGAACAAAAAUAUAAACGCAACAUGCAACAAUUUCAAAGAUUUUGCUGAGUUACAGUUCAUAUAAGGUAAUCAGUCAAUUUAAAUAAAUUAAUUAGGGCCUAAUUUAUGGAUUUCACAUGACUGGGAAUACAGAUAUGCAUCUGUUGUUAGGGGGGUGGAUCAAACAAAGCAGUCAGUAUCUGGUGUGACCACCAUUUGGCUCAAGCAGUGCGACACAUCUUCACAUGCAGUUGAUCAGGCUGUUGAUUAUGGCCUGUGGAAUGUUGUCCCACUCAUCUUCAAUGGCUGUGCAAAGUUACUGGAUAUUGGCGGGAACUGGAACAUGCUGUCGUACACGUCAAUCCAGAGCAUCCAAAACAUGCUCAAUGGGUGACAUGUCUGGUGAGUAUGCAGGCCAUGGAAGAACUAGGACAUUUUCAGCAUCCAGAAAUUGUGUACAGAUCCUUGCAACAUGGAGCCGUGCAUUAUCAUGCUGAAACAUGAGGUGAUGGCGGUGGAUGAAUGGCACGACAAUGGACCUCAGGAUCUCAUCACUGUAUCUCUGCAUUCAAAUUGCCAUAGAUAAAAUGCAAUAGUGUUUGCUGUCCGUAGUUUAUGCCUGCCCAUACCAUAACCUCACCAUGGGGCACUCUGUUCACAAUGUUGACAUCAGCAAACCACUCACCCACACAACGCCAUACACACUAUCUGCCCGGUACAGUUGAAACCUGGAUUAAUCCGUGAAGAGCACACUUCCCCAGCGUGCCAGUGGCCAUCGAAGAUGAGCAUUUGCCCACUGAAGGUCAAGUCAGGUCAAGACCCUGGUGAGGACUACAAGCCGCAGAUGAGCUUCCCUGAGAUGGUUUCUAACAGUUUGUGCAGAAAUUCUUCGGUUGUGCAAACCGACAGUUUCAUCAGCUGUCCGGGUGGCUGUUCUCAAAUGAUCCCACAGGUGAAGAAGCCGGAUGUGGAGGUCCUGGCUGGGCUGGCGUGGUUACACGUGGUCUGCGGUUGUGAGGCCCGUUGGACUUAAUGCCAAAUUCUCUAAAAUGGCAUUGGAGGCAGCUUGUGGUAGAGAAAAUAACAUUACAUUUUCUGGCAGCAGCUCUGGUGGACGUUCCUGCAGUCAGCAUGCCAAUUGCACGCUCCCUCAAAACUUGAGACAUAUGUGGCAUUGUGUUGUGUGACAACAUUUUAGAGUGGCCUUUUAUUGUUCCCAGCAGAAGGAGUUACGAUGCACCUGAGUUAUGAUCAUGUUGUUUAAUCAGCUUCUUGAUAUGCCACACCUGUCAGGUGUUGGCAAAGGAGAAAUGCUCACUAACAGGGGUGUAAUCAAAUUUUAGAGAAAUAAGCUUUUUGUGUGUAUGGAACAUUUCUGGGAUCUUUUAUUUCAGCUCAUGAAACAUGGGACCAACACUUUACAUAUUGCAUUUAUAUUUUUUUCAGUGUAGAUUAUAUACAACCAGGAGAGAAAUGUAGUGAUUGUGUCACUGACAAUAUCUAUAAUGCUUUAUCUACAGAUCCAGAGGAUUCAGAGCAAAGACCAGUGGCAGAGGUACGCAGUGAAGAAACAGGCGUUGGAUAAGAAGUAUCCUAAAAACAAGAAUGAGCUGAACGUUUACCACGGCACCACCAAAGACAUUUGUCAGAAAAUCAACGCCUGUGGUUUCAAUAGGAGCUUCUGUGGGAGAAACGGUAAAGAACAUUCUUCAUCAACUCAUACACUGUCACUCCAUUCAGAUAACAGUAGUGCUCUGUAGAGCUUAAUCAAACAAAGAUUCAAACAAAUGAUCACUUCAAAAACUGUCUUGUCAUUAUAGUUGUCAAUUUCACCAGAUUCCUCUAUUUCAUUCCAUGUUUAACUACUUGAAGCUUUCUUGAAUCUUUUUGAUUUUCUUCGGUUUCAGCUACUGUUUACGGGGACGGGACCUACUUUGCCAAAGAGACGUGGUACUCGUGCCAGGAUGCCUACUCCAACCCAGACGCCAGUGGGCUGAAGUACAUGUACCGUGCCAGGGUGCUGGUGGGUAAACCCUGCCUAGGAGUGAGGGGCAUGAAGGAGCCGAACCCUCUGAACCCUACUGAUCUCCAUCAGGGCCUGCAUGACUGUGCUGUCAAUGACCUGCAGAAUCCCUUUAUUUAUGUGGUGUUCUGUGAUGCAGGGGCCUACCCUGACUACCUCAUCAGCUUCAAGACUGUC